CUGCGCACGCAUCAGUUUCGGUUUGUUUCAAAAUCAAAACAAUAAACGGACGUAUUCAUUUUUUCUACUUAUUUUUGUAUUUAAUUAAAGAUGAGGACGUUUAUGAUGCAACUUUUUUACUGGGUAGCGUCUGUGGCUGCAGUGAAGCACUCUCUGAAGUAUUUCUACACUGCGUCCUCUCAAGUCCCAAACUUCCCAGAGUUUGUGGUUGUUGGGAUGGUCGAUGAAGUUCAGAUGGUUCAUUAUGACAGCGUCACAGAGAAAGCUGUGCCCAAACAGGACUGGAUGAACAAAAAUACAGAUCAGCAGUACUGGGAGAGAGAGACUGGGAACUUUAUGGGCACUCAUCAGGUGUUCAAAGCCAACAUUGAAAUUGCAAAGCAGCGCUUCAACCAGACUGGAGGUGUUCACAUUGUCCAGUGGAUGUACGGCUGUGAAUGGGACGAUGAGACGAAUGAGGUGGACGGAUAUGAGCAGUUUGGUUAUGAUGGAGAAGACUUCAUAACAUUUGACCUGCAGACAGAGACGUGGGUCGCUCCAAAACAACAGGCUGUGGUGACCAAACACAAGCUGAACAGUAACAAAGCUUUUUUAACCAGUGUGAAGAACUAUUACACUCAGAUUUGUCCUGAGUGGGUGAAGAAGUAUCUGAACUAUGGGAGGAGCUCUUUAAUGAGAACAGUUCUUCCCUCAGUGUCUCUCCUUCAGAAGACUCCCUCCUCUGCUAUCAGCUGCCACGCUACAGGUUUCUACCCUAACAGAGUCAAGAUGAUUUGGAGGAAAGAUGGAGAGGAGACUCAUGAGGGUGUGGAGAUAGGAGAGAUCCUCACCAACAAUGAUGGGACCUUCCAGAUGACUGUUAACCUGGAUCUGACAUCUGUUCCAGCUGAAGACUGGAGGAGGUACGACUGUGUGUUUCAGCUCUCUGGUGUGAACGAGGACAUCGUCACCAAACUGGACAAUACAGUGAUCAGGACAAAUGAUGAAGUGAUCUGCCCCCUCUCCAUCCACAUGUCCAUCCCCAUUGCUGUCGUCGCUGCUGCUCUUGUUCUUGCUGCACUGAUCGGAGUCAUUAUUUACAAGAAGAAAACUGCUAAAUCUUCUAAACCUUACAUGAAGACUCCAUCUGAAAAUAAUCCUGAAACAAAGAGGAGCCAUUCAGACUCAGAUUCAAAAUCUUCUUCAGAUGGUUCUUCUGCAGAUAUAACCAGCAAAACGCAGCUGAUGGCAAAGUGAUUCUGACAAAGAGAGUGUAAUCUGCAACAAAGGAGACACUUUGAACACUUGGACUAACUACACUUAAUGAAGAAUCUGCACCAUUGAACUCCUGAGAAAACAUUUCUCUGUUGUAAUGGAAGGGGACAUUUUUAUGGCAGCCAUGAUACAUCUUGUUUCUGAAAUAUGCACAAAAAAUAUGCACGACUGUUUGGCCAAGAUGCCUUUAUUAAACCAGCAAGUGCUGACCAAAAUUAGUCAUAUUAAGAACAAAAUUAAAAAUAGACAAAUAAAUAAAUUAAUAAUAAUAAAUUAAUAACAAGAACAAUGGCAAUAAUAAUAAUAAUGGUAAAAUAAAUACACUCAUACAUAAAAAUGAAAACACUGAAAAAUACAUAAAAAGUAGAAUUAUAAUUUUUAUAAUUUUACUUUUUUCACAUUGUAGGUCUUUUUUUUUUACACAAUAAUGAUGCAUUAUCUUAAGUAAAGAUGGCAAUGAAGAAGAUAAACUAUAUCUGUAGGAUUUUUGUGUGGGGAAUCUGAGUGUAUACUACCAUUAUUUACUUUUAAUGCCACUUUUGGACCUUUUGCUUACUAGGUGAAUAUGCUAACCACUACACUUUUGGAGGCAUUGUUUUCAAGGUUAGUAAGUUGAAAAUAAUAGUUCCCUGAUUUGCUUUGCUCUGCUUUGAAUUGACUGCUGAUCAGUUCAUUUACAGUCACUUUACAAUCACUGUUUUUUUUUAUAAGCAUCAACAUGAAGCGUCUUGAAAUCCUGAGUUUAAGAUUUAUAAAAGCUGCAAUAAAUAAUUUGUUGUAUCUUUAAUACAAAUAUGGAUACUUGGAUGAAAGCUAUAAAUAAGGUAUUGCAAAAAAAGCUGUACUCUUUAUUAUUGCCAUAUCUAUGUUUUGUUCAAACCCUGGUACACAUGACAGUGAUGAACAGUCAUGACUUUAAAGGUAACUGUAUUACGUAUAUACUACAGAGACAUGUAUGUGCAUAUUCUAUUACUGUUUGUUCUGUUUGACAGUCAAUGCUGCUAUCAAAGUUAUAAUGUGUGUGCCUUUUGUAUUGUAAAAACUACUUUAUGUUUGGUGUUUCAGGUCACCUGUUUUGAUUUAUGGAAUCAGGAAAAUGAGUCUACUACACUGUUUCUAUACUUUUAUACCUAAAUAAAAGUUUAACAUUG